AUGGAGGGUAACCCCGCGGAGCACGAUGAGGCCGUGUCUCAAUUCUGUGCUAUGACAGGAACUCAGGCUUCAGAGGCUCAAGAAUAUCUUGCUGCCAAUGGGUGGGACAUCGAAGCUGCUGUCACAGAGUUCUUUGCGGAGCAGGACGAAGCCUUGCAGGAUACCACCACUGGUGGCGAGCGACAACUAGGCACAGAGGCUUCAUCCUCAUCGUCCACCCGAAGAGCUCCGCCCAAGAAGAAGUUUGCGACACUGGGAGACUUUGCUUCAGGAGGAGGUGGCGGAGCUGGUGAUUCGUCCGAUGGCGAUGACACCGAUGACCAUGAUUUCUUUGCAGGUGGUGAAAAGUCCGGACUUGCUGUGCAGAACCCCGACGAUUUGAAAAAGAAGAUCCUCGAAAAGGCCCGCAGGGCGCAGCCUCCUCCUUCCGACGCUCCUGAGCCAAGGGAAUCACAUUUCACCGGCACUGCCCGCACACUCGGUGGUGACGAUACACCAAGCCAGCUGAUUGAAAGCCCCUCGGCGCCCACUCAACAACGUGCCCAGCGUGUGCAACGGACUCUUCAUUUCUGGGCUGAUGGAUUUUCCGUGGAUGACGGUGAACUGUUUCGAUCAGAUGAUCCCCGAAAUGCAGAGAUCCUGGACGGUAUCCGCCAGGGCCGCGCUCCUCUUUCCAUCAUGAAUGUUCAACCUGGGCAGGAGGUCGAUGUGGAACUCAAGCAGCAUGAGGAGAAGUACACCAAGCCCAAACCCAAGUACAAGCCCUUCUCGGGUUCUGGACAACGCCUCGGUAGCCCGACACCCAGCGUACGGAGCCAGCCCCCCACACCUUCGUCCUCCACUCCUGCACCAUCUGCCCAAGAGCCAGCGAAGCCCAACGUGGACGAGUCGCAACCUACGGUUACCCUACAAAUCCGCCUCGGAGAUGGUACGCGGUUAACGUCUCGGUUUAACACCACCGCCACCAUUGGCGAUGUCUAUGCGUUCGUUGCUGCUGCUACCCCGGACGGUGCAAACCGCGCAUGGGUCUUGAUGACGACUUUCCCCAGCACGGAGCUCAAGGACUGGAACGUUGUUCUUGGCGAUAUGCCGGAUUUCAAACGUGGAGGUGUUGUUGUCCAGAAGUGGCAGUAA